AUGGUGCGCUUCAAGACCCGAUGGCUACUUCUAGCGAUCGAUGACAAGCCACUGGCCACCACCUCACCCUUUGCAUCCACUCUCGACGAGUCAUCUCAGGCAUCCGCCUCCGCAAAGACCCUUUCCGCAGCACAACAAACUCGCGCAGAAGCCAAUGCAGCAUCCGCACUCACACCUCAACUCAUCACACGAUUACUCCGUGCAUCAUUACUGUACAACUUUGGAGACGUAGCUGCGGGCGCGUUCGGUGGUGUACUUACUUGCAAGUACUACAGCACGCACACCGGCACUGCUAUUUUACGAUGCUCGCGUGAUGCAGCAAGACUGGUUUGGGCUAGUGCGACAUUGAUUUCGAGUCCUGUGGAGAUGGUGGUAGGAGAAGGUGCAGGCAGCUCAGGGAGCUUGAAGCUACCAUCUUUGAGGAUCAGGGUCAUUCACUGUGGAGGUACAAUCAAGAAGGUACAAAACAAGGCAAUUGAGCUAGAUAGGAAGUUGAUUACGCGAUUGAGGGCUAAGCAGAGGAAACUUGCUGCGACGGAUACGAAUCCAAAAGGGUCCAAGGCUUCAAUAGCUCCGAUUGUCGAGAAAGAGAUCGCUGCGGUCCCCGUGGUCUCACUUGCAGCGAUAGACGACGAGGAGGAUUUGGGAGAGGCGCUUGGCGCUGACAGCACUAUUGCAGCUGACGUACCCAUGCCAGUACCAGACGCAGAAGCAAAAGGAGCAAAAGCAUCAAGAAAGGCGGUAACAAACUCAGAUCUGGAUCCAGAGACGCAAGCGCUACUCGCACAAUCGCGGAAACAGAUCAACUCGAUUACUAUCUGA